GAGGUUUCAAUUUCGCUGAUGUACAGCGUGUAGCUCUGUUCCGAAGAAAGAAUCCGUAGAAGGAAUCCGGAUUUGGAGCAAGGCGUUUUGUUUUGUUUUGUUUUUUUUAAGAAACUGUGUCGUGUUGUGUUGACUUGCCUCGGUUUCACAGUUGCGAGGCAGUUAUAAGAGAACAGGAAAUCGCUUAAUAAAUAGGAGUUGCUCGUUACAUUAUUAGCCCUGUGUUUGCACGUGCUGAGGCCUCGGUCACAUGUAAGAAGCCGUUUGGCACCCAGGCGAGUUCCGAUGUGCGGGGUGGGGUAUGGAUUCCAUUGGAAAAUCAUGUGGAUUGGUCUAAAUCCGCCCUUUCCCUUUCCCUUCCCUUCCCUUCCUAUCCCGCCAAUACACGAGUUGGCAAUGGUUGGGUUUUAAUGAUGGUGUAUUUCGGCUUCGGAGGAAUAUUCAGGUGGAUUCGGGAGUUCCCGGCGAAAUAGGCUGAGCCUCCAGAAUGGUGCUGAACGCCUGAUGACGCAGGGAAAGUGAAGAGCAAACGAAGGGUGACUUGGGAGUUUGGGGAGCCAACCGUGCAGAUAACCUGCAUCAGCAUUUUAAAAAACCUAAAGAAAACUUGGCCUGAACUUGGGACUUUCGAUUUUUCCCCCCUAUUGGAAGAUCCUGGGAUUUCUUCCGUGCACAGGGGGUCCUAAUUAAUCCCCCAACCCUGUCCUGUUAAACUCCUUAAAGAUCACGAGGGCCUUUAUUGUUGUUGUUUUUUGCGCACAUCUAGAGGGAUGUCUUCAAUUUUAAUUUGGGGUUAUUUCCUCUUCGGUGCGCCUCAUUUAGAUGAAUAAACAAAUGCACAAUCCCACUUCGUUUUCCGUUUGGGAUUAAUAGGAUAUCGGGAUUGUUUGGGGUUUAAUUCUUUUCAUUGUUGUUGUUUUUCUAAGUCACCAAUGUAAAUGACAAAGUUGAAAAAAGAUCAAAGAGAGACGGGGGGGGGUGAGAAAGCAGAAGUAGAACAGCCAUCUUUUGAAAGCAAAGUCAAAAGGAGGAGUACUGUAAAAGCAACCAGAAUAGGAGCAGGUGGAUUUCUCCGGGAGAGUGGAGCACAGGUAUGGAAAUGCAGCUGAGGAGAACUUGGGUUAUCCGAGGCUGGUAUUGCUAACCUAAGAAGCGCUCAGUCAAGGAUUGGCAUCAACAGGUAGUAUGAUUUCAGUCUAUAGUUAUUAAUUCACAAAAGACCAUGCAUUUUGGAUAAAGUGUUUGAUAUUCUUGUUUUAUAUAAAGAUGGCCAGCCUCUUUUUCCCCUGGAGCUUUGUAGCCUCUUGGUAUACCUUUCCAAUCCAGUAUCCCCAAAAUACAUUUGGCUAUAGACCUCUCAUCCUCAGCCAGUGUAGUCACAGACAUAUCUGAAGAUCUGCAGAAUAGAGAAGAAACUGUUUUUUUCUUGAAAAGAUACCUACCUCUGCUAGAUGUUGAUUGGAAUAUCAUUGAGGACAGGCUGAUAGAAUUGCAUCUUGUAUUUAAUGCUACUCAUGCUGCUGUAACCACAAUUAAGUGAUUAUUAAGCUAUUUAAUUCUUUGGAUGUUUUGUUUAAUAACUCUGCUUCUGUGGUCUGCAAAAGUUCUGGUUUGCCAGUUCUCUUGAAAGUUUAUAUUUAAUCUGUGGGGCAGGUGGUUUGUAGUUAACCAUUAAAGAGAAAGAAGAAAAUAUUGCAGAUGGUAAAACAAAAGAAGAAAACCAAGUCAAAAUGUUUCUCAAAUGUUUAUUUAGCAAAAGGAUUUGAUCUGAUCUCAAAGUUGCCUUCACUUAUGCAUUAACUCUCCCCAGGUUGGCGCCUACCAGAUGUAUACAAUCGUAUCUUUCAUAAUUCCCAGGCUGUUUCUGGGGGACUGUCAGGAGUACCCAAGAAAAUGUCAGGUGACAGCUUGUCAACCAAAGCCCUAAAGAUCAAACGGGAGAUGGGUGAGAACACACCACAUCUUUCAGAUGAGGAGCUUAUGGGAUUGUCAGUGCGGGAACUUAACCAUCAUCUGAGAGGCCUGUCCAAGGAGGAGGUAGCCAGAUUGAAGCAACGUCGGCGCACUCUGAAGAAUCGUGGCUAUGCGGCCAGCUGCCGAGUAAAGCGGGUGUGUCAAAAGGAGGAGCUGCAGAAGCAAAAGACAGAGCUAGAAAGGGAAGUUGAUAAGCUAGCGCGUGAGAAUGCUGCCAUGCGCCUUGAGCUGGACGCCCUGCGUGGCAAGUAUGAAGCGCUGCAGGGCUUUGCCCGCACAGUCACUGCUCAUGGCACUGCUGCAAAGGUGGCAACUGCCAGCGUUAUCACCAUUGUCAAAUCUGGUUCCAACCAGGCCACCUACUCCUAGUGCCUACAAGCCGAGCCAUGAACUAAGUCCUGUUGCCAUGCCUCUGCACAGCUCUUACCUAAAGCGGCUGUAGCUGCACUGGCUCUUUCCUUCUCCCACUUUUGUUCCAGCCACUGGAGGAGACACAGUUGACUUGAAGACCAAAUGGCUAAAUGUUGAACUUUGUCCUUAGUCCUUGCCUUCAUUGGAAGAUUGUGGGAAAGUGGUGCCCAACUUGUGUGUAAUUUUAGCUGUCAGUUAUUUGUGAAUUGGAUUACAGUGGCCAGUUAUUUUUCUUUUCCAUUUUAUAUUUGUUAGGUUUUCUUCUCUGCUGCUUCAUACCUUGCGACUGAUUAAAUGUAAAACAGAGAGGUUUGAAGAUGAGAUCUUAGUUGGAAAUGCUGCUUCAGAGAAGUUUUGACAGCAAUUAUAGAGAAAGGCAGAUAGCUUCUACCUGAUGGGAAAAAAAAGGGGAUGCCAAGAUUGAAGUCUCCUUUUAAUGUCUAAAACCUAGUGAUUAUAAUAAUCCAGAUGUUAUCAGAGGAUAUCAAUUUCCCAGUUUCUUGGUGCAUUGUUCAGACACAAGUCUAGGUAUUCAUGUAUAACCCUGUCUGCUUUUUGUUGUAAACCAUAGUUCCCAUUUACCUACUGUUUAAUUCAGAGCCUCUCGAUUGCUUCACCAUGAAAUUGUUGUUUUACAAGAAUCAGUCUGAGCCUCUGAUGAGUAGACAUUUAAAAAUGGUCAAGAAAAGUGUUAUUGCUUGGUGACUGCAAGGGUGAUGGAAAAACAGAUCACAAAAGGGACAUGGUCAAAAAAGAGCUAGUUGCUGCUAACCCAACCUAGGAAGAAAUAAAGGAAUUAUGCCCAUUGCAGUGAUUGGAGAGACAAUCUCUCUGCAACUGUGUGUGGAUGCAGCUGUGCUCCAAAUACUCUUUUGAUUGUAGAAGUGGUCUUUUGCUGAAGUUAUAAGAUUUAUGGACAAAAUAGAAGCAGUUUUCUAAAGAAGGAGAAAGAGAGAGAGAGAAGGAAGUGGGAAAAGUAAAGAGGGAGUGUAUUAAAUGAGGCAGGGGUGGAUAAAGCAAGUGAGACUGAUGGAUAGUGAAGGGGCAUCAGAAUUACAAGUGAAGUUCUAGAGAAGACACUGAGGUGUCUAAAACAAUGAGUUCCAUGAGGGGUACCAAUAGCAACCAACAGAAUGUAAUGAAGAGACCCUUUUGUAUUUUCUUUCUGUUUUUGCAUUGGCAAAAUACUAGAAAUAGAAACUCAGGAAAGAAAUAUACCCAACUAUUACAGAGAUUAAGACAUUAUAUGUUCAAGAGAACCAAGCUAUACGAAGGUUGGCCCAACCCAAGAAGCAGUACAGGCAAUUGGGUGUGGGGUUCUGAGAGGUUCAGAAUCAGUCCUAAUCAUAGCGAUGCGGUGUAACCCAGCACAUCUCUUCCAGUUUCUUUUUUCUCCCCAAAAGCAAGUUGAGAAAGAUCCAGUCACUUACGUAGAACAAGGAAAGGAGGCUUCAGUUUGAAAAACAUUGGUGAGGAAUAUAGUUCCUCUGUUUUGUGGCCUAAUUUUUGCCCCAUUCAGCUAUGUAAAAUGGAAGAUGCAUUUCUCUUGAGGAAAGUGUCGCAGCUGAAAUUCAAAACGCUUUUCUUCUUUAUAUCUGAAGGAUGCCUUUUCACAAGAGCAGGAAAAUAGCUUGAAUCAUAGCCAAAAAUAAUUUCUAUCAUGAAAAUAAAACCUAGUGUGGUCUAAGCUAGCACAAUGGCAGAGUUAGGUUCUCCUGGAUGCCACUGUGUUUGUCUCUUGUUCUUUUAAGAUAAUAUUCUCAUAUGCACUUAGUAGGAUUUACUGUAAAAACCACACUGUUUAAAAUGUUUACAAUCACAAUCUUGCCCUUUUCAUUAUAGCAGCUUUUAUACCGUCCAGUGGUUUUCCAGAUGCAUUCUGCCAUAUUGGCUGGAAAUGUGUAUUGCAGACAACACAAACAUGGAGAAAACUGAUACCAUUCAAAAGCCUAACUUAGUAAACACAUGAACAGUGUAUUGUUUCCCUUUCUCUGCCAUGCUGUCAUGAAUCCCAUAUGUCAUUUAAACCAAACUGCCGGCAUGUACACACAGAAUAUCAUUAGCACUGGACUUGUAGAAUCAGCUAUUGAUAUACUGCCUAUCUGUAUGCCUUUUUGGCCAAGCAGUUUUAGCCCAUUGCCUUCUCAUUUUAAAGUGAGUAUGAAAUUUUACACCAAGCAUGGAUGAUAUGAGAAUAGCACAUCUGUAUCAAGAGACGCUGGCAGUUCCAUUGCUUAAGAAACUGGGAGGUUUAUACACCUGGGAGACAUGGAUACAGUAAUUCUGGAGAAAGCAUGGAGAAGGGUUAGAUUAGAAGACUUAGGAAAGCACCUUCUUCCAUUAAAUAUAUGUUGCUAAUAUAAGAACCAGUGAGUAUUUGUGGGUAAUCAUUUCCAGGCAUGUGCCAGUGACUUAUUUAAGUGGCAAAUAUGAUCCAUUUUUUAAAAAGACAUAUGGUUGGGUUUACCCAUCCUGCAGCUUAACGUGACUUCUACCCCUAAGAUGGAAUCAGCUUCCAAACCAGUGUUGUCCAUCCUUCCUCUCCAACCUUUUGAUCCUUAGUGGGGAUUCCCUCUUUAACGUUUCUACCCUUGUUCACCCUAUUUUUCCUUGUUCCUACUCUGUGAUUUAUUUAUUGCACGAAUAUAAGUUAUUUUCACAUUCUUUAUGCCGUUCUGCCUUGUGGCACGGCCGGGAUGUUGGUACAGAGCUGUACUUUAUAUUUUAUAUAUGCAAAUCACAUUUUAUCUUCUAUAGAGCAAGAAAAAAAGUACUUAUUUAUUUUCUGACUUACAGUGUGUCCUGCCAGACUCCUCUGUAUUUUGUAGAAUUUACAAAUAAAGCCAGAUUUUUUUUCCAAAAUGGAAAAACUGAAAAUAAGUGAUAUGUGCUCUUUUCUUGUGAAAAUGAAAGAGAUUGUGCUGAAGAUCUAGGAAUCAAUUCUGGGAAUUUCAUUGAAAAUGUAUACAGCAUUAAUUUUAUGGUUGCUGGUCAUUUUCAGACAUAGUAGAGAAUAUGCCAUCCACUUUUAGGAGCCUUCAACACCAGGUAAGGUUGUGGGGGAUAAAAAUCUGCUUCUGAGUUACUGGAAGCCAGUAUUGGGACUAUUUUCUACCUUUUAAAGACAAUGGGUGUAUCUCUUAUUUAAGUACACCACGAAGUGCUUGUGUGAUUAGGCCAAUCACAAGGCACAUUUUUGUGAAAAAGCCAAUAAUAUUAAAAUACUGUACAAAUCAUUAGUCCGAUCUUAAUAAAACACAAAACAGGUCUAAAUGUAGGAAUACAUAAGUACUCAUUUAAUCUACAGUACAAUUUUCAACUUUUAUAAGUUAUUUUCACAUUCUUUAUGCCGUUCUGCCUUGUGGCACGACCUUCUAGGCCUUGCGACUGAUUAAGAGCUGGCUGGAGAAUUCUGGGAAUUGAAGUCCACAAGUCUUAAAGUUGCCAAGUUUGGGAACCACUGUUCUAGGCUAAAGAGAAAUAAUUUGUUUGCUAUUAUUUGGUGGUGGAGGUUAAAUCUGAGAUCCAAAAUGCAAAUCCAAAAUCUUAUU